GGGGGCCUUGGAAUGGGGGGCCUUGGAAUGCCUGCGGCUGCUGCGGAAUCCCUUCCUGCUCCUCCCACUUCACAGUAGAGGUGGGACACCUGGCCAUCUGCCCCUCACCCCUGGACUGUGGGGCCCAGGUCUCCAGGCCCCUUGAUGGCUGCAUCCCAGGAACAGGCACCAAGGGUCGGUGAUGUGGGAGUGGAGGGCACAGGUUCAGCGUUAGGAGACCUGGGCACUAGGCAGGGGGCCUGGCCGUGCCCAGGAACAGCAGGUGGGGCUGGGCCAGCAGGUGGGUUCCAUUCAGGUAGCUCAGCAGGUGUCAGCUGUCCCCACAACUAGGUCUGUGGAGGAGAUGGCACUGGGGGCUGUGAGGGGAGGCUUCUCCAACACCUGGAGAGCCCAGACGCCUCCACUUGGUGCACCCCGAAGAGCCCAGAGUCCCCAGCCACACCAGGGCUCCCCCAACUUCCAAAUAGGGCUGGCUGGGGCUGCCCUCCUGCUUCUCACCCCAUCACUGGCUUCCCGGUAUUUGGGACUCCCAGACUCUACAUAGAGGGCGUGUUGGUCACCCCAUGAGAUUCCUUCAUGAUAUGAAGGCCGUGAAUGAGGAGGGGCGGGACGAAUAUCCAAGCAUUGCCCACAGAGGGUGCUGUAGAGAGGCCAUGCUUUGGAGGGGCUGCCUGGUCUUCUGGGGUUCCUGAUGUCCUAGGAGGGUCCUCCAUCUGCCCCAAGCACGCCUCCCAGCCCACGGACCCUAACCUGUCCCAGAGGCCUGCGAGCACACGACCUUCUUGUCUUGUGGGCUCCUUGGAAACUCGCCCCCUUCCCCCCGUUCACACCAGGCCCCGGGGAUAUGGAAUUGUGCCCACAGGACAGCAGUGACUUCGGCCAACCAUUCCUCAUUUUCACCAAGUCUCCUGUAUCGAGUAUUCAUCACCCUCAACAGGUGGGGAGGCCCGAGGGGUUCCACCUUCCCCAUGCCUCCCUGGACUUUCCUCAGCUUCCUGAGCCCUGGUACGCUCCUCCUGAGAUUCCCAGGCCUAGAAUGGGUUGGGUUUUUCCAUUUUUUCUUGCAGCUGCAAAUCAGGAAACCAGAUCAUAAAGCCACCUUGGGUAAGUAGGUGGGAUAGAACCAGGCCUCGGAGCUACUGCUGGGGAUCAGGAAGCCCCUAGCCCCGUUUCUCCCUCCCUCCCCGCCUCCCUCUCUCAGGAAAAAGUCCCAGCCACUGCCUCUCAGCAGGGCUCCCUAGAAGCCACAGCAGCUCUGCCCCACACUGUGCCCAUUUCCCUGACUGGGGGCUCAAGCCUGGGGUCUGAGGAGGCUUUAGGCCUAAUGACCACUCCCUGAGCUGCCCAGGGGACAGUAGUUGCCUUGGUGACAGCGGGCAGCUGGUGACCAUCAUUGCCCAUUAGUGGACCCACCCGAGGUGGGUCUGGCUACUUAAAGAUGAGGACAGAAUAAAAAUACAAGCGAGGCCCCCAGCCUGGGGCUCGGCGUCGCGGGCUGCAGCUCAGCCCCUUGCCCCACAGCAGCUGUGGCUUGCACCUGCUCCAAGAGAGCAUCCUCCAAAGUGGGACCUCUCGGCAGGGCUCAGGACAGGGGUGUCCACCAGGGGUCCAGUCACUGCCGCUGCUGUUGAGGGCAUCCUGCCAUGGAGCAUCACUGUGGGUGGGCUCUUCGCUGGGGUCCUAGGCAGGGCACGCAUUCCGAAGCUCACUUUUUUCUGUAAAGGGGGAGGAGAAGAUUAAUCAAAGCAUUGCUGGAGAAGCCCCACAGAGUAGGUGUCUGCAAACACCUUGCUCCUGCCCCUGUAGCCCUGUAGAUUUCUGGACGGGAAGGGCCGGAGUCUUUGCCUAAAAGAAGGGCUGUGCCCCCACUGUUUCACGGCUUGGAGUGGGGACUCCUGUUGCUGUGUUGAGGAAAUCCUGGUGCUCUGAGUGCUGUGUGGCCCCAGCUCCUGCUCCCGCUGUGCCUGGCCUGCCUCCACUGUCCAGCGCUAGAAGGCUAAGUUCCAGGAGCUGAUUCUGAGGGUGAAGUCUUCCUGUAUCUGGUGCUUAGAGGAUGCACCAGACGCCGUCCCUCCUGCCUUCUAGUUUCAGCAAGAACUUUGGAGAUAAGGCCUGGACCGGGUGUCUGGGAGGAGAGGCAGGUGGGCCAGAAAGGGAUGGGUGGGAGUGAGUGAGGACUCUCUGCGCAGUGUGGUUGAGCUGGACCACGAGGAGGAGCGAGCCCAGGGGGAAGGGGGGUGCUGUCGCCAGUCCCCACCCACCACCCCUUCUCCCUCCAGCCCAAGCCACAGCCAAACCCACAGUGUGCCCAGUAGGCCACUUCCUCCCCGCCUCCAGGUUCAAAGAUCACCAUCACUCUGCCAGGGAGCCUCUUUCUGCCCACUCCUCUUCUGAGGCCCACCCAGCCCAGCCCAGCCCUACUGCCUGCCUCUCCCUAGUGCUGUCCUAGUGCUCAUGAAAAGUAAUCAUAAUCACAACAAUUAAUAACAACAGAGCCCACAGCAGGCCUGAGGCAGCCCUUAAAGAGGCAGUGCCCCAUUGUCUCCCAGCAGAGCUGGCGGUGGGACCUGGCUGGCACUGAGAGGCAGCCUGUGCCUUUGUUCCCAUCCCUCCCUUUGCCUUGGGUUUUGGGGUGGUGUUGGGGUGAGCAUUUUUGCCUGCAUUCUCCAUCAGUACUGGGCUCGUGUUUUAAUUGAACUGUCUCCUUAGCGAUAGAUGCUUUCACCGCAUCCAGCUGCUCGUGUGUAUUGGGAAACCUGCCUGUAAUACAGCUCGGCUAAAUUAAAAGACGCAGCAGCUGGACGAUUAAACAGGGAGGGAGGGAUGCAGACGGACAGGCAGGGAGGGGACACUGGUGAGAGCCCCCAUCUCUGUCUCUGUCUGUCUCUCUUUAAAUAAUGUUUCUGGUAAUGCAUUUUGGAGAAUGUGAAAAAAAAUAAAAAAUAAAGCCGUAGAAAUGUUAAUGAUAUCCACAGGACACUCAGCAGGAAAUGAGAGUGAUCUGGGACUAAUAAAAGCCGAAAUGUAAUUUGUGCAGAUAUACGAGGCGCAGGCUUCAGAGUGGUCCUGGGUUUGCACAUUCUGGGCUCAUAAACAUGCGCCUGGGGAGGGCAGGGAGCGGGCGCCGUGCCGUCGGCCUGGGCACAGGAUCGCCUGGGCUGCCCUGUGGCGAUCUGGCCAGGGCAGGAGCGAGAGGCUGCCCACCUGGCAGGGAGCUGCCAGACCUGAACCAAGCGCCGUUCCCAGCUCCUCUGGGCUGGCACGUCGCAGCAGGAACCUCCUGUAAUGUUUUAUCUGAGCCGCCAGGGGUAGGAUUGAAGUGGGUCAGAAGAGCGGGCGUGAGGCUUGUUAGGGAUGCCUGUGACAAAUCCAGGGAGAGGAGGGGGAGCAGAGGGAAGCGGCUUUGAUGAGCCAGUGGGCAGGGGCUUGCCUCUCAGGAAAGUGGCCGGCCCCCCACUGGGCUGGGUGUCCUGCAUUCCCCGGCCAGGGCAGGCUAACUCUGCAGGGCACGAGAGGUGGUCCCAGCACUGGGCUGAUGGGCUGGCUCCUGGGGGCCGUCUGGCUGCCCUGGGCUUGCCCUGCUCUCAGGCACAUGGAGGCCCUCUGUCCCCUCCCUGCAUCCAUCCCUAGACACUGAAUGAGGAAGGCACCUGUGGUGGGGUCUGGGCGAAGGAAGAGGGGUGAACGUAGCAGCCGCCCACAGCUCUCCCUCACUCUUUCCUGUUUCCCUCCCUGACUCUGCAUGCCUCUCCUUCUCUGUGCCCCUUCCUGACCCCUUCAACAACCUGGAGUGUUUGUAGCCGGAGGCAGGCCACCCCUUCCUUUUUGGAGCAUUUGGGAACCAGCACUAGAAAGUCCCCUGUCCCCCUGGGGGCCUGGGCCACACAGGCCAAGCUGGGCCCCCUUCUUCCUGCCUCCGGGCCAGCGUGGUUCUGGGUAAAUCCCAAGCCUUCUGGGACUCGGCGGAUGGCGAGACCCUCCGUGCACUUCCUCCAAAACCUGGGCCAUUUUCCUUCUUUCUUCCAUCCCUCUUUUAGGGGUCUUCUGGGGUGGCCAGGCCAGCGAGUCAGCUGGGGGAAGCUGGACGCCGGGCCGGCAGAUGCUCUGCUUGGAAAGGCUCCCCCAACCCACCCCGGCUCCUUUCCUGACCCAGGAUUCUGCUUUGGGGGCAGGGGCAGGUUAGACCCCCACCUGGGCCCCGGGCCCUAAAAUCAUAACCAGAUGGGCUCGUGGGUGUUGCCUGCCCCAGCCCUCUCCUGCAGAGUUGGGGAGGGGCUGGCCAGGAGCCACAGGGCUUCGUCCCCCAGUACGGGGGGUCGGGGGUGGUGAGCUGUGCCCUUCCGUGGCCGUGGGACUGCAUCUCUAGCCCCAUUAGUAUGCACUCCCUCACUCUGGGCCACGUAAUCUGUUUAUGCACCUAUGAUAUCAAAAACGGGAGGCAGGUGCUGCUGUCUUUCGUUCCUGAGAGUCAGAGGAGGGGACGUUUUAUGUCUAUGGUGGCUUGGCAGCCCCUAAUCGACGUCUGCUGGAAGGAACAGACAGAUUCCAGAUGGCGUGGCAGUGAUCGAGGAGAUAACCAGCCCGAGUCAUGCAGUCUUUUCGAGAAAGGUGUGGUUUCCAUGGCAAACAACAGAACUACCAGCAGACCUCGCAGGAAACAUCACGCCUGGAGAAUUACAGGCAGCCGAGUCAGGCCGGGCUAAGCUGUGACCGGCAGCGGCUGCUCGCCAAGGACUAUUAUAACCCGCAGCCUUACCCGAGCUACGAGGGUGGCACCGGCACGCCCUCUGGCACAGCGGCCACGGUGGCUGCUGACAAGUACCACCGAGGCAGCAAGGCCCUGCCCACGCAGCAGGCCCUGCAGGGGAGGCCAGCUUUCCCCGGCUACGGCGCCCAGGACAGCAGCCCCUACCCAGGCCGCUAUGCUGGUGAGGAGAGCCUGCAGGCUUGGGGGGCCCCGCAGCCACCACCCCCACAGCCUCAGCCCCUGCCAGCGGGGGUGGGCAAGUAUGAUGAGAACUUAAUGAAAAAGACAGCAGUGGCCCCCAGCAGGCAGUAUGCAGAGCAGGGCGCCCAGGUGCCCUUUCGGACUCACUCCCUGCACGUCCAGCAGCCACCGCUGCCCCAGCAGCCCCUGGCAUACCCCAAGCUGCAAAGGCAGAAGCUGCAGAACGACAUUGCCUCCCCUCUGCCCUUCCCCCAGGGCACCCACUUUCCCCAGCAUUCCCAGUCCUUCCCCACCUCCUCCACCUACUCCUCCUCCGUCCAGGGCGGCGGGCAGGGGGCCCACUCCUAUAAGAGCUGCACGGCGCCGACUGCCCAGCCCCACGACAGGCCGCUGACCACCAGCUCCAGCCUGGCCCCGGGGCAGCGGGUCCAGAGUCUUCACGCCUACCAGUCAGGCCGCCUCAGCUAUGACCACCAGCAGCAGCAGCAGCAGCAAGCUCUUCAGAGCCGGCACCAUGCCCAGGAAACCCUCCAUUACCAAAACCUCGCCAAGUAUCAGCACUACGGGCAGCAAGGCCAGGGCUACUGCCAGCCGGACGCCGCGGUCCGGACCCCGGAGCAGUACUACCAGACCUUCAGCCCCAGCUCCAGCCACUCGCCCGCCCGCUCCGUGGGCCGCUCCCCCUCCUACAGCUCCACUCCGUCGCCGCUGAUGCCAAACCUGGAGAACUUCCCCUACAGCCAGCAGCCGCUGAGCACAGGGGCCUUUCCCGCGGGGAUCACAGACCACAGCCACUUCAUGCCCCUGCUCAACCCCUCCCCGACGGAUGCCACCAGCUCCGUGGACACCCAGGCCGGCAACGGCAAGCCGCUGCAGAAGGACAAGCUCCCCGAGAGCCUGCUGUCGGACCUCAGCCUGCAGAGCCUCACGGCGCUGACCUCACAGGUGGAGAACAUUUCCAGCACCGUCCAGCAGCUGCUGCUGUCCAAGGCUGCCGUGCCGCAAAAGAAAGGCGUCAAGAACCUCGUGUCCAGGACCCCGGAGCAGCACAAAAGCCAGCACUGCAGCCCCGAAGGCAGCGGCUACUCGGCCGAGCCCGCGGGCACCCCGCUGUCGGAGCCGCUGGGCAGCACGCCGCAGUCCACGCACGCCGAGCCGCAGGAGGCCGACUACCUGAGCGGCUCCGAGGACCCGCUGGAGCGCAGCUUCCUCUACUGCAGCCAGGCCCGUGGCAGCCCUGCCAGGGUCAACAGCAACUCGAAGGCCAAGCCCGAGUCCGUGUCCACCUGUUCUGUGACCUCUCCUGACGACAUGUCCACCAAAUCUGACGACUCCCUGCAGAGCCUGCAUGGCAGUCUGCCGCUCGACAGCUUCUCCAAGUUCGUGGCGGGCGAGCGGGACUGUCCUCGGCUGCUGCUGAGCGCCCUGGCACAGGAGGACCUGGCCUCCGAGAUCCUGGGGCUGCAGGAAGCCAUCGGCGAGAAGGCCGACAAAGCUUGGGCCGAAGCGUCCAGCCUGGCCAAGGACAGCAGCAAGCCACCCUUCUCGCUGGAGAACCACAGCGCCUGCCUGGACUCUGUGGCCAAGGGUGUGUGGCCCCGGCCUGGGGAGCCGGAGGCCCUGCCCGACCCCUUGCAGCUGGACAAGGGUGGCACCACCAAGGACUUCAGCCCAGGGCUGUUCGAAGACCCUUCCGUGGCCUUCGCUACCCCUGACCCCAAAAAGACAACUGGUCCUCUCUCCUUUGGCACGAAGCCCACCCUUGGGGUGGCGGCUCCAGACCCUACCACAGCAGCUUUUGACUGUUUCCCAGACACGACUGCUGUCAGCUCGGCAGACAGUGCUAACCCCUUUGCCUGGCCAGAGGAAAACCUGGGGGAUGCUUGUCCCAGGUGGGGAUUGCACCCCGGCGACCUCACCAAGGGCCUGGAGCAGGGUGGGAAGGCCUCGGACAGCGUCAGCAAAGGGGACGCCCAUGAGGCUGCGGCCUGCCUGGGCUUCCAGGAGGAGGAGCCCCCGGGGGAGAAGGUGGUCUCGUUGCCUGGGGACUUCAAGCAGGAGGAGGCGGGUGGGGUGAAGGAGGAGGCAGGCGGGCUGCUGCAGUGCCCCGAUGUGGGCAAGGCUGAUCGGUGGCUGGAGGACAGCCGGCACUGCUGUUCCACCGCCGACUUCGGGGACCUCCCGCUGCUGCCGCCCACCAGCAGGAAGGAGGACCUGGAGGCUGAGGAGGAGUACUCCUCCCUGUGUGAGCUCCUGGGCAGCCCCGAGCAGAGGCCUGGCAUGCAGGACCCGCUGUCACCCAAGGCCCCGCUCAUCUGCACCAAGGAGGAGGUGGAGGAGGUGCUGGACUCCAAGGCCGGCUGGGGCUCCCCGUGCCACCUCUCAGGGGAGUCUGUCAUCCUGCUGGGUCCCACCGUGGGCACCGAGUCAAAGGUCCAGAGCUGGUUUGAGUCUUCGCUGUCCCACAUGAAGCCUGGUGAAGAGGGGCCCGAUGGGGAGCGAGCUCCGGGGGAUUCUGCCACCUCGGACACCUCUCUGGGCCAGAAGCCCAACAAGCCUGCUGUGCCUGAGGCGCCCAUCGCGAAGAAAGAGCCUGUGCCACGGGGCAAAAGCUUACGGAGCCGGCGGGUACACCGGGGGCUGCCCGAGGCGGAGGACUCCCCGUGCAGGGCACCUGCGCUGCCCAAAGACCUCUUGCUCCCUGAAUCCUGCACGGGGCCCCCGCCGGGACAGAUGGAAGGGGCUGGAGCCCCAGGCCGGGGGGCCUCGGAGGGGCUCCCCAGGAUGUGCACUCGUUCUCUCACGGCCCUGAGUGAGCCCCGCACGCCCGGGCCCCCAGGCCUGACCACCACCCCUGCACCCCCAGACAAACUGGCGGGCAAGCAGCGAGCCGCCUUCAAGUCGGGCAAGCGGGUGGGGAAGCCCUCACCCAAGGCUGCCUCCAGCCCCAGCAACCCGGCCGCCCUGCCUGUGGCCUCCGACAGCAGUCCCAUGGGCUCCAAGACCAAGGAGACGGACUCACCCGGCACACCUGGCAAGGACCAGCGCUCCAUGAUCCUUCGGUCACGCACCAAAACCCAGGAGAUCUUCCACUCCAAGCGACGGAGGCCCUCCGAGGGCAGGCUCCCCAACUGCCGGGCCACCAAGAAGCUCCUAGACAACAGCCACCUGCCUGCCGCGUUCAAGGUCUCCGGCAGCCCCCAGAAGGAGGGCAGGGUGAGCCAGCGGGCCAGGGUCCCCAAGCCUGGUGCAGGCAGCAAGCUCUCUGACCGGCCCCUUCAUGCGCUCAAAAGGAAGUCGGCCUUCAUGGCGCCGGUCCCCACCAAGAAGCGGAACCUGGUCUUGCGGAGCCGCAGCAGCAGCAAUGCCAGCGGCAACGGGGGAGAUGGGAAGGAGGAGGGGCCCGAGGGCACCCCCACUCUCUUCAAGAGGAUGUCUUCUCCCAAGAAGGCCAAGCCCACCAAGGGCAAUGGCGAGCCCGCCACAAAGCCCCCACCCCCCGAGGCCCCCGACGCCUGCCUCAAGCUCGCCUCUCGGGCGGCCUUCCAGGGGGCCAUGAAGACCAAGGUGCUGCCGCCCCGGAAGGGCCGGGGCCUGAAGCUGGAAGCCAUCGUGCAGAAGAUCACCUCGCCCAGCCUCAAGAAGUUUGCGUGCAAAGCGCCGGGGCCCGCUCCCGGUAAUCCUCUGAGCCCAUCCCUUCCUGAGAAGGACCGUGGGCUCAAGGGUGCUGGGGGCAGCCCGGUGGGGGCCGAGGAAGGCCUGAUCAGUAUGGGCACCGGGCAGAAGCUCCCAGCGGCUUCUGUUGCCGAUCCGUUAUGCAGAAAUCUGACCAACAGAUCCUUAAAAGGCAAACUCAUGAACAGUAAGAAACUGUCUUCGACUGACUGUUUCAAAACCGAGGCCUUCACGUCCCCGGAGGUCCUGCAGCCUGGGGGGACCGCCCUGGCACCUAAGAAGCGAAGUCGGAAAGGCCGGGCGGGAGCCCUCGGGCUCUCCAAAGGCCCCCUGGAAAAGCGGCCCUAUCUUGGCCCGGCUCUGCUCCUGACUCCCCGAGACAGGGCCGGUGGCACCCAAGGGGCCGGCGAGGACAGCCCUGGCGGAGGAGGCAAGAAGCCAAAGAUGGAGGAGCUGGGCCUGGCCUCCCAGCCCCCCGAGGGCAGGCCCUGCCAGCCCCAGACAAGGGCACAGAAACAGCCAGGCCAUGCCAACUACAGCAGCUAUUCCAAGCGGAAGCGCCUCACUCGGGGCCGGGCCAAGAACACCACCUCUUCACCCUGCAAGGGGCGAGCCAAGCGGCGGCGGCAGCAGCAGGUGCUGCCCCUGGAUCCCGCAGAGCCUGAAAUCCGCCUCAAGUACAUUUCGUCGUGCAAGCGGCUGAGGUCAGACAGUCGGAUCCCCGCCUUCUCACCCUUCGUGCGCGUGGAGAAGCGAGAUGCGUUCACCACCAUAUGCACUGUUGUCAACUCCCCUGGAGAUGCGCCCAAGCCCCACAGGAAGCCUUCCUCCUCUGCCUCCUCUUCCUCAUCCUCAUCCUCGUUCUCCUUGGAUGCAGCCGGGGCCUCCCUGGCCACGCUCCCUGGAGGCUCCAUCCUGCAGCCGCGGCCCUCCCUGCCCCUCUCCUCCACCAUGCACCUGGGGCCUGUGGUUUCCAAGGCCCUGAGUACCUCUUGCCUUGUUUGCUGCCUCUGCCAAAACCCGGCCAACUUCAAGGACCUCGGGGACCUCUGUGGGCCCUACUACCCCGAACACUGCCUCCCCAAAAAGAAGCCAAAACUCAAGGAGAAGGUGCGGCCGGAAAGCACCUGCGAGGAAGCCUCGCUGCCACUCGAGAGAACACUCAAAGGCCCCGAGUGCGCAGCUGCCGCCGCCGCCGGAAAGCCCCCCAGGCCUGAUGGCCCAGCCGACCUGGCCAAGCAGGGCCCACUGCGCACCAGUGCCCGGGGCCUGUCCCGGAGGCUGCAGAGCUGCUACUGCUGCGAUGGCCGGGAGGACGGGGGCGAGGAGGCAGCCCCAGCCGACAAGGGCCGAAGACACGAGUGCAGCAAGGAGGCCCCGGGAGAGCCCGGCGGGGAGGCCCAGGAGCACUGGGUGCACGAGGCCUGCGCCGUGUGGACCGGUGGCGUCUACCUGGUGGCCGGGAAGCUCUUUGGGCUGCAGGAGGCCAUGAAGGUGGCCGUGGACAUGAUGUGUUCCAGCUGCCAAGAAGCCGGGGCCACCAUUGGGUGCUGCCACAAAGGAUGCAUCCACAGCUAUCACUACCCGUGUGCCAGCGAUGCAGGUUGCAUAUUCAUCGAAGAGAACUUUUCUUUGAAAUGUCCCAAACAUAAGAGGCUGCCGUUGUAAUCCACCCCAACGGCCGGAGGAGCCGCCGGAGCCCGCCUGCCCGCCCGCCCGCCGCCGACGGAGAGGAGCCGCCUGCGCAGCCCCCGGGCCUUUGAGCUGCUCCCCGCGCGGGUCCAGAGCCGAUCCUUGAUCCGGGUCCCGGAUCGUGGAUCCGGCCGCUUAGGGCUCAGACUUGCGGCCCGGGUUGGGAGGAAAACCCGUUCCGGAGCUGCCUGCUCCCGGAACCGGACGUCGCAGGGCCUUCUUGCCCACCCCAGGGGCCAGGCUUGCAGAGGUGGAGCCCGCCGAGCGGCCAGACUCCCCGGGACGCUCAGCCUCUGGCGGGGGUGGGAAACGGCUUUGGCCUGGGGACGGUUUUCCGCUCCGGAAUCUCAAGACGACGUGGCACACAUUCCACGUGGGUGCUGCCGCCACCCCUGUCGGUCGUGGCGUGCAGCUGGGAGCCCUGGGCUUGGGGGUGGGGGUCGAAACAGCCCUGGAAGAGGCGGAGGGCGGCUCCUAGCUCCGUGGACGAGGCGGGGAGAAAGAAAGCCUUUCUGGGAGCGGGCUAGACCGGCGCGGGAGGGGCCGGAGCCUUUGGAACGAACCGUGCGGAACGCGUCCGGGGCCCCUUCCCGCACAGCUCUCGUGCGGUUCGGGCAAAGCCGGGGUAGCCCUGGGCUAUGCUCAGUUAGGGGUUGUGGGCUCCGCGAAUAUGGGCGGGACUGGGACACCCUUUGGCCUCUCUGUUCGUCCUCUUUCCAGUCCUCCACCCACCUCUGGAGCCCAGUCUGGGAGCGCAGAACGCAAGAAGCGGCCAGAACGCACCUCCGGCGGACGCGCGACAUUUGUGCACCACCAGGGACCGCCGCGCCCACUCGGCACGGGAGCAGGGACAGCGCUAGAUUCGUGUACAAAACCUGUGUACCCCUCUAUAUAUAUGUUACAUAGAAUGUAUAUAUGUUGGGAACAUGCUCGCUUCUCCCGUGUGUCGCUGCCGUGCGUCGUGCGCCCGCAACAGAGCCCCAACCGGGCCUUUGCCGGGUAGGGGGCUACCGCGAUGCCCCUUGCCCACGCAGCCACCACCGGCCCGGGCCAGUCCCUGCCAGUCCGUCCGCCUGUCCGUCCGUGUCCUCAGCUCUGUCCACGCUUCGAUAGACCUGACGCAGCCCCCAGCCCAGGGCCGCCCUAGCAACUUCCUGUACAUAUGACUGUAAAAUGGUAAACGUGUGUAUUAUAUCUGGCCUCGUUAUAUAGUGUAUAUAUAUGUAUACAUAUACAUAUAUAUAAUAUAUAUGAAGACUGUAAAUGUUAAGACGACUAGUGUUCUUAUUAGUAUAUUGCUUCACACUGAAGAUUGUGUGUAUCGAGCUGUUUCUAAAAGAUGUUUAUUUUCCUUAAGAGUAAAAAACAGUCAUUGCAUUCAGAAAAAAAAAAAAAAAGUCAAUAAAGAUACAACGAUUGUUUUGGAAAA